UAUUUGGCAGCCGGUAUCCGGGUUUAAUUUGUGAAAAUACUCAAUUAAUACUCAACCAAAAUACUUUUCCAAUUCGUUAGAACGUAUUUUAACCGCGUCAUGGCUUCUCAAGUGCCUAAAGUCAAGUUUUACAAUGGCAACGAGAUACCGAUCCUCGGAAUCGGUACUUGGAAGUCAAAACCAGGUGAAGUGACCGAGGCAGUGAAGAACGCCAUAGACAUCGGAUACAGACAUAUAGACUGCGCGUUUGUCUAUGGUAACGAGAAGGAGGUUGGUGCUGCUAUUACUGCUAAAAUCGCUGAUGGUACUGUUAAAAGGGAGGAUCUAUUCAUAACUUCGAAGCUAUGGAACACCUUCCACCGGCCGGACCUGGUGAAGGGAGCCCUGCUGAAGACCUUGGAUAACCUCAAUCUGAAGUAUUUGGACCUCUAUCUCAUACAUUGGCCUCAGGCUUAUCAGGAAGACGGCGAACUCUUCCCCAAAAAAGGCGAAGACAUCGCAUUCUCUGACGUCGACUACGUAGACACGUGGAAAGCGAUGGAGCCCCUAGUGGGCGAAGGCCUAACCAAGAGCAUCGGAGUGUCCAACUUCAAUAGCAAGCAGAUCGCGAGACUGCUGGAGCAUGCUAACAUCGUGCCCGUCACUAACCAGGUCGAAUGCCACCCCUACCUAAACCAGCGCCGUCUCAAAGAGUUCUGCGAGGCUCGCAACAUUAAGAUCACGGCGUACUCCCCCCUGGGGUCACCUGACAGACCCUGGGCCAAGCCCGGAGACCCCAGCCUCAUGGAUGACCCAAAACUGAAGGCCAUUGCUGAUAGACUGGGCAAGACUGUCGCUCAAGUGCUCAUCAGGUACCAAAUCGACCGCGGAGUGAUAGUGAUCCCGAAGUCAGUAACGAAGUCGCGCAUCGAGAGCAACUUCAACGUGUUCGACUUCAAGCUGUCGCAGGAGGACGUCAGUCUGAUCGACUCCUUCGACUGUAACGGAAGGCUCGUGCCUAUGACUGCGUCUUUGGGACACAAGUACCAUCCUUUUGAAAACGAUGAGUUUUGAACAUUUUGAAGAACUGUGAAGAUUUCACUAAGCAAUAAUAAUAUAAUUAUUAUGAUUGUAUGUAUAAAUGUAUGGAAAUAAAUAUAUUGUGCUAUGUUUAAA